AACGUUCAUGAGAGGCUGUGGUUGAUUCGAGCUUGUUUUGUUUCUCUGGGGUUUUCCUGUUGUGGCUGUGGAGGAUGAAGUUUGGAGAAACCUUUACUGAGUAUCUUCAUGGAGAGCAGGAGCGAUUCCUGGUUAAAUGCUCGCAUGUGGAGUAUAAGCGCCUUAAGAAAGUGUUGAAGAGCUGCCGGAGUUGCCGGGCUCUGCAAGAUUCUUCUGACAAUGAAGGAACGCAUGCGGAGGGGAAUGACGCAGUGGCACCGCUUUGCCAAUGCGAAUCUUGCUCAUUGUGUGAUCAGAUGUUCUUUUCUGAAUUAAUGAAAGAGGCUUCAGAGAUUUCUGGGUUUUUCAGUUCUAGAGUAAGGCGCCUCCUCCAUCUUGACCUAUCAAGAGGAUUGCAAAAAUACGUGUUACAGCUGUCUCAUUGUUUUCGAAAUGACCAACAUCACAUGGAUCAAGAAGUUAGGAUGCUGAUUAAUUAUGUCAUAAUGAAUGCAAUUGCUAUACAAAAAAUCCUUAAGAAAUACGAUAAGGUGCAUAGCUCUAUAAAUGGUAGAAACUUUAAAACUAAACUCCGAGCUGAACACAUAGAGCUUCUACAAUCACCUUGGCUAAUUGAAUUGGGUGCAUUUUAUAUAAAUUCCAACGGAUUUGAUGGUGGAGAUUCCCCUGAGUAUUUCCAUCAGUUCUCUUGUGAUUUUACUUCAACUCAGCCUGUCCUGACGUUGAUGCUUCCCAAUUCCAUGAAGCUAGAAUACAAUUUGACUUGUGCUAUUUGCUUGGAUACUCUUUUUAAUCCUUAUGCUUUAAGUUGUGGCCAUCUCUUUUGUAAAGCUUGUGCUUGCUCUGCAGCUUCUGUUAUGAUAUUUGAAGGACUUAAAGCUGCAGUUCCAGAAUCAAAGUGCCCUAUUUGUAGAGAGGUUGGAGUGUAUUGUAAUUCUGUCCACAUGAUGGAACUUGAUUUGCUCCUGAAAAACAGGUGCAAGGAGUACUGGAAAGAGAGGCUGCAUGAAGAACGAGUUGAGAUGGUCAAGCAAUCUAAAGAGUACUGGGACUCACAAUCCCAGCUCUUCUUGGGGUUUAGGACUUGACAAUGGCAGAUGUCCUUUGGGUACAGUAUCUGGAUAAAGUCUCGUCUUUUGGAAUAGAAGCUGCUUAAUUCUAGCUUGGAGAAAGUGAAACAGAUUUGAAUUAUUUUUGUUGAAUGUACUUACGGUUGAUCAAGCUUGGCUCUAUUUUUGUAUAAUUUUUUCUUGGCAAUGGGCUUUGAUUAACAAUUCACCGUAGUUGGCCUUUCUUCA